CUUUAGAGUGAGUGGUGUGAUAAUAUUAUCGGUGCUUCUCACGAGUUUUUUAUAUCUGUUUUUAUUUGUAUUUAUAUUUUAUUAUCGUUAAAAUUGCUCAUUAUAUCGUUAAACUGUACAGCGGCGUUUUAUCCAGAAUGGCGACAGAAGUUUCCAAGUAAUCUACAAGGUUUUCAGUUGAUUUUCUGUAAUUUGUGGAGAUUUCUAGCAAACAGUGUGGUUGAGUCUCUGACGUCAUGGAGCGUUUGGAGGAGAAGGUCAAAGGUUUGUCCAUCGCUCGGCGGUCUCGCCCGGAGGAGCCCACCUACCUGCUGGACGUUGCUCUGCAGCCGUCCGGUCUGCUCGCCGUGUCCUGCUCCAACUUCACCGUCCACCUCCACGACAAGGACACGCUGAACCUGCUGGGCGAGUAUCGGGGCCACAGCGGGCCGCUCUGCGGGGUCGUUUUCUCCCACACGUCCCCUCACUUCCUCUACUCUGGUUCUGCUGACGGGACGGUCCGCGGGUGGGACGUCCGCCGCCCCGGGACAGACGCAGCGCAGGUGUUUAAAAGCGACUCGUCACACAGCUUCUGCAGCUUCGACUUGAGCUGCAGCGACGCGCUCCUGUGCGCCGGCACCGAGCAGGUCAACGACGAGGACAGCUUCCUGGUUUUCUGGGACGUCAGGAAGCCCGGCGGCGGGCUGCUCGGGGUGUACUCUGAGUCGCACAGCGAUGAUGUCACACAGGUGUGCUUCCACCCCCGAGACAAAGACCGCCUGGCGUCCGGCUCCACAGACGGCCUGGUGAACGUGUUUGACCUGAGCCGCGGGGCGGAGGAGGAGGCGCUGCAGGCCACCUGUAACAGCGACUCGUCCGCGGGCUCCGUGUGUUGGUGCGGCGCGGACUACACGCAGCUGCUGUGCCUCAGCCACGACGAGGGGCUGCACCUGUGGGACCUGGGUCAGCUGGACACGGACGAGCCCCUCACCGUCUUCAGCACCUCUGAUGCUCGAGGUCUGACGCUGCUGGCUGACGGCGGCGGCGUGGAUUACCUGGUGGGAGGGAGGUGGCUGGAGGAGGCGCAGAAGCUGCUGGUGGUCGGAGGGACGAACAGCGGCGAUCUGCACCUGAUGGAGUGUGACCACGAGGGGCUGCGUCUGCUGAGGACCCUCGAGGGCGGCCACUCCUCCACAGUACGCUGCUUCCUGUGGGAUGCGGCAGCUGAGGCUCUGGUCACCGGGGGAGAGGAUGCUCAGCUGUUGCUAUGGAAACCAGGAGGGGAGGAGCUCACGGGGAAGAAAAGGGAGUCAAUGAAGAGCGAAUCAACUUUGAGACUCAAAUCCAGACCGCAUAAAAAACACGGCUACCAGAGAGACAAGAAGGCAGCGUAACCACGAGGAAAACGUCACGUGCUGAGUCACGAUAACUGACGGCGACUCAACAGAUUUAUUUCUGAGAAAAAUCACAAACAGCUCUGCACACAAAAAGUAUUCUGCACACAACACACAACCUCAGCGAAGGAAGUCCUUCGAGUGUGAAAAACUCGCCGAGGCGGACAAAUUCAAACGUGCGUUUUCUGUUUUGGUUCACUCUGAAGCAGAGCUUAAAAAACACGUUGAGUGACACCGAUGCGUCAGCGCGGAUGUUAAAUGAUGUUAGAUUCAUGGAUACGUUUGUCUCACGUGAGACUAAAAGAAUGAAAAUGGAAACGCUGGGUAACACGUUGGCAGUUCCGGCGUUUUUUGGGCAGAAGUUACUGUAGAAAGACUGAAGACUCUGUAGAGGACUUUGUAUGUAGAUAAAAACGACUUAUUCUAAAAUAAACACACAACGAUUCUUAUUUUCAGGUUAUUGUACACAAACAAAAACAAAGUUAUAAAUGUUAUAUUCCACUCUGCCCAUAUAUACAAGGUAGAUGUGUUAUGUUUCUUAACUUACCUUAAAUCCUGCAGACUGGGCCUUUAAUGAGUGAACAGUGUUAAUGUGACUGCACUUUUACACCUGUUACUAACACGUGACAAAGUUACAAAAAGUUCCCAAAACUAAAAAAAAAAACAGAAUUUCUUUGAUUUUUGAGUGAAGUUUUGAUUUGAUGGUUUUUCCGUCAACACACAAAGAAAAAACGACUCCGAGCGGCUUCAGGAAGAUCUCAGAAAACUAAAGAAACAAAACAAAUCUUUAAAUAUUAAAAAUAAAGAUUUUGUUUUCUCUUUGUGCAGUUGAAUUGUCCGUGUUUUUCUGACGCAGCUGUUCCAUCGACGACCAUCAGAGCUCGUCUCUGUAACUCGACGAAACGGUGAAAAACAUUGAUUUCUUGAAUACAAACUGAAUCUUACUGCUGCAGGCGGACGGUUAUUACUGCAUCACAUCCUGAGAGUCACCUGAGCCGCCCGGCACAGCGGGAUCACGCUGAGAGCAGCUUUCACCCCCAAAUAGCAAAGAGUGGAAUAACAUGAUUGGCAGUGCGAGUGUGUGUGUGUGUGUGUGUGUGUGUGUGUGUGUGUGUGUGUGUGUGUGUGUGUGUGUGUGUGUGUGUGUGUGUGACUCCUGCAGAGAUGGAAGCUGCUGCAGUCGCCUCUUUAUUCACAUCAGAGACAGUUAAGAUUCACAGUGAUUCUUGGUGGUGAUUCAGCGAUCUUUGUGGUUUUUAUUCAUCGACCACGUUGUUAUAAUGAAAGAAAACAUAUUUUCACGGUGAGGAGACGGGCUGAGUCAUUAAAUUAUUAAAAGCACAUGGACAGAAAAAAAUCUCUUCUGGAAAAGAUGAAGUCGUACGAGCAGACAGAAAGAUGCUUUUUUCAGGAGUUUAGCAAAACUGUUAAAACCAGGUUUAUGUUUUUAAGUAUGUUAAAGCAUUUUGGUGUGUUUUUUUUCUCAGUGAUACCUUUGUGACUGAAUUUAUGGUUACAUUUUUGAAAAGAUCACAAAAACAUCCAUCUACAAGUUGUACAA